AUGAUGGAGCUCAUGAAAAGUCUCUGUUUUUCUUUCAUCAUCGUCGCUUCUUUUACAACUCUCUUCUCUGUAGCUGACGCACGAAGGUUUUACGUCGGAGGAGGUAACGGUGAUUGGGCCAUUAAUCCACACGAGAGUUACAAUACUUGGAGUGCAAGAAACCGUUUCCAAGUCAAUGACACACUCUACUUUAAGUAUGCCAAGGGAUCAGACUCGGUGCAACUAGUGACUAAAGCGGAUUUCGAGGGCUGCAACAUUAAGAAUCCGCUUGAGAAGUUUGACAACGGAGAGGCUGAGGUCACUCUGAAUCGAACUGGUGCUUUUUAUUUCGUAAGUGGUGAUCAAGAUCAUUGUACGAAGGGACAGAAGUUGAUCGUCUCUGUCCUGGCCAUGAGAAAUCAUCCUAACGUUUCUCCGGCGAAAGCUCCGACGACUGCUCAACCUCCAAAAGCUCAUUCCCCUGUUUCUCCAAUUUCUCCGGCGAAGGCUCCGUCAACGGCCCAACCUCCUAAAUCUCCUUCCCCUGUUUCACACAUCUCUCCGGCUACCCCUCCAUCAACAUCUCAGCCACCACAAUCCUCUGUUUCUCCAGCGCCUGAAAAGACUCACCAACGUGGCAAUGUCCUCCUCUUCCCCUGA